AUGGCGUCCGGCGGAUGGGAAAUUCGACGUGGAAGAUGUCGACCCCUUCCUUUGCACCCACCUCAUAUUCGGCUUCACGGGCCUGAGCAACCACACGUGGAAAAUCGAGUCCUUAUCCUCCUGCAGGUCCUAGAUCCGUGGAACGAGCUGUGUCCUGACGAGGAGGGCGGUCACAACUGCGCCUUCGACAGGUUCGUGGCUCUGAAGCAGAUCAACCCCAACGUCAAGACUCUCCUGGCCGUCGGAGGCUGGAACGAAGGCUCCGAAGACUACUCUGUGAUGGCAGCCGAUCCUGCGAAGAGGAAGACCUUCGUCGACAGCACUGUCGAACUUCUGCUGAAGCAUCAAUUCGAAGGCUUCGACGUCGACUGGGAAUACCCGGCGAAUCGGGGAGGUGCUCCCGAAGACAAGGAAAACUUCAUCACGCUCCUGCGUGAGCUCAGGGCGGCCUUCGACGCAGUUGACCCAACCCUGAUGAUGACGGCAGCCGUGUCCCCCGGGAAACCAACCAUCGAAAAGGCCUACGACAUCCGCGCCAUGGCCGAGCUCCUGGAUCACGUACACUUAAUGACCUACGAUUACCACGGCGCCUUCGAGAACGUCACGGGGCACAACGCUCCCCUCUGCGGGCACUACUUGUACAAUGACGAUGAGAUACUGAAGGACUUCAACGUGGUGUUCACAGUCAAUUACUACCUGCAGGCGGGAGUGCCCCCAGAGAAGUUGAUUAUGGGUAUCCCCACCUAUGGCAGGUGCUUCACACUGGAUGACAUCAACGACCACGGUCUUCUUGCCCCUGCGCAGAAGCCCGGCCCAGCUGGACCCUACAUCCGUAUUCCUGGAACUCUUGGAUUUAACGAGAUCUGUGAACGCCUCCAACGUAAGGACUGCACCAUCGUUCGUGACCCUUGCUUACACGAGCCUUACUUCUAUUGUCAAGAGGACAAGAUCUGGUGCGGUUUCGAUGACGAGGACUCGGUCUACACAAAGGCUCGAUACGCCAAGAACAUGGGUCUAGGAGGCAUCCUCACCUGGACCAUUGACACAGACGACUUCCACCCAAGGUGCUACGGCGAACCCUUCCACCUCAUCAAGAAUAUGCAGAGAGCCGUCAACAAACCAGCAGACGGCGUCCUACCGGAAUGCAAGUGCCUCGAGCCACCUACGCCUAUGUCAACCACUUCAACUCCUGAACCAACAACCACUCCCAGACCAACAACAACUCCUGAACCAAUAACUACUCCCAAACCAACAACAUCUACUCCCAAAACAACUCCUGAAGCAAGCACUACUCCCAAAAUAACCACUCCCAAACCAACAACUACUCCGGAGCCGACUCCCACAACACCUGAACCAACCACUACUCCUCAACCAACCACUACCCCCCAACCAACCACAACUCCUCAACCAACCACUACUCCUCAACCAACUACUACACCAAGACCUACUACAACUCCCAGACCUACAACGACUCCCGAGCCCCCUACUCCGCAACCAUCAACCACUCCUGUACCGACGCCCAUGACCACGACAGCCCACGGCGGCCGGCCGAAACCAGACUGCAGUAAGCACGCCGACGGCUCUGUAUUCCCUCACGAGGACUGCAACAAGUACUGGGUCUGCACCAAUGGGCAAGCCAUCCUCGAACUGUGCGCCCCCGGAACACUCUUCGACGAAGACCUGGGCAUCUGCAACUGGGAGGAUGCUGUCGACACCUCCGACUGUCGAAUGUGGAUUUGUGAGGUCGACAAUACGUACUAUCCUCAUGUCGAUUGUGAUAAGUACUACUGGUGCUACCAGGGCUCGCCCCACCUGGAGGUCUGUCCUAACGGCCUGUUUUGGAACCAAUACCUGACCAUGUGUGACGUCCCCAUGCACGUGGACACGACCAAGUGUAAUAUCCCUUACUGAGAUCCAGGUGCUCAUAAUUUUGCCGACAAUGGCGAUUCGUGUUUAGGAAGACACUAAUAAUUUUCAAAUGAGAAUAAAAGACAUGGGUCUAAUCUGUAUUCGUGAAUCGAGGAGAAACAUCACUGAAAUUCACCUGAGUAAGACGGCGUCAGUAAUCUAGAUGCUGACGCCAGUUUUAGUAGUCAUGAACCAGACAAUCAAUCCUGAAUAUGACGAGUGAAAAUAUAUGUCAUGAAUCAGGAAAAUAAAAGAGAAACUCAAAUGGAGACAUUGAAAGAAACAUUACAACGGGCCAUUUCAGCGAUAAACAAUUUCAGACGGUCAAAGGGAAAAUGGUAUCAAUUCAACGCCCUUCAAAGAAAUAAAAUUGCUCUGUGUUUUAAAGUACGAAAUAUAUUUA